UGCGCGAGGGUUCAGUUUGGCUCCACUCCAGGCGAUUUGGCGCGCUUCGGACGGCUUCCGCUUCCGUUUUCCGGCGCCUCUCCACCCGGAAGUUGGCUGCCCAGUGUUAGAAGGAAGCCGUCUGGAAGCGAACAACAUUCCUAUUGCAACAAGAUGAUAGACCCCAUAGAAAGCAAUUUGUUUGAUCUUCCCAGCUAUGAACAAAUCCAGGACGAGGCUUUUCUGCCUCUGCCGCCUCCUGAUUCUCCUGGGAGAGAUGCUGAGGCCGACCUGGUUAAUGGAGAACCAGAGGGAAACAAAGCCAAGGAUUCCCCUGUAACAACGAGAAGAACUGUAAAAAGACCCUUGCCCAAACUAGAUGCUCAAAGGCUAAUUUCAGAGCGAGGACUUCCAGCUUUGCGAAGUAUGUUUGAUAAUAUAAAAUUCAAAGGUAAAGGCCAUGAGGAAGCCGACCUGCAGGCGCUCAUAAGGCACAUGGAGCACUGGGCGCACAGGCUCUUCCCAAAACUUCAGUUCGAGGAGUUUGUCGACAGGGUUGAAACCCUGGGAAAUAAAAAGCCGGUCCAGGCCUGCUUAAAGCGAAUCCGACUCGAUCUACCCAUUUUACAUGAAGACUUCGCAACUAACGAAGGCGAAGACACAGCAAAUGAAAGGUUGAACACCGAAGAACUAGACGUAUUUUCUGAAAUCCAGAACACAAGAGAAGACCGUGGUUCGCCUGUAAUGAUGGCAUUAACAGAGGAGCAACAGCAGAGGAUCGAGAGGAACAAGCAGUUAGCCCUUGAAAGGAGGCAAGCGAAGAUGCAGCCGGGGAGUCAGUUGCAAGAGCACGAGUUUAGCGAAGGACACGACCCUUUUGUGGCCCCGGAGCCGGACGACGAGGCCCUGCUAGAAACGGGAAGCCCAUCUUCCCAAACUUCUCCAAAAGUGCAAAGUAUGGAAGACGAUGAAUGACUUAAGAACUGGGUUUGGAUCGGGUGACAAAGGACUUGAUGUAACCAGUGGCAUCUUCUUCUUCAUUCCUUGCUGCUAAAAAGAUUUUUGCAAAGUGCAUUUUUUCCUUUUUUUGUAAACAGCUGUAAGGAUCUUUUUGGUGCUAACCUUCGUUAGAGAAAGAGAGAGAGUGUAGUGUUAUCGUUCAGGGAAAAAAAGUUUCCUUGAAACUUUUUGUCUUUAUUUUAAAAGGAAGAAAGCUUAUAGAUGAAAGCGACUACGGUUCCCUGUGAGCCAGAAAGUGUCCGCACAGGAAGGAGGCUCUGAGAGAACAAUUCCAGUUAUUGAAACUUAAUAUUUUCAUGUGGUGAAAUGUAUGUAGCACGGUCCUCAAGUUAUAUGGGAAAUAAAAAGUAAAUAAAC